AUGGCUGAGGCUAUCGGCGUAGCCGGCAGCGUUGUCGGAAUAGUCUCCUUUGGCCUCCAGGUGUAUACCGGGUUAUCAGAGUACCUCGACGCUGUCAAAGGUCGAGACGAAGAUCUUCAGCAAGCUAAGCGCUACGCGAAGGCGCUGCUGUCUUCCCUCAAGGCCAUUGAAGAGGUGAUAAGCAAAGUUAACGGUAACAAUGCCUUAACCCCAGAUGCCUUAGCCCAAGAUGCUGUUGAGGAGUGCAAAGACUUGUGUAAGGCUGAGCUUCAAGCUCUGGGGACACUUCUCGAGAAUUUGAAGGGGCCGCUUGUUCACCAUGCGGAACCCUUUGCUAAAGCGAAAAGUUCCAUGCACCAAUGGAGCUAUCCUUUCAAAAAGAAAAGCAUUAGCAAGCUCGAGGACAGAUUGAUGUCUACCAAUAACGUUCUUAAGACAGCUUUGUCUGCUUUACAACUUUCCAUUUUGAACGACCAGAGCUCGGCCAUCUUGGCCUUGCAGAAGUCGAUCGACAGCAUCCAAAUGAGAACAGAAAACAUCUCAACAAUCAGAGUAGAGAAAGCUAUCGAGCUGGGCCAAUAUCGCCAGGAUAGUCAAGCCAUUCAUACAUCUGCUGAAUCCAAGAUCGACGAAAUCCUCACCCAUCUUCGCAACGCCGGAACUGCACAGUCACAGGUUGCCCGGCUUGUGUCAUACCCACAAGAUCUACAAAUAUUAUGCGAUGCUGUUUCAAAUGCUGCAUUCAACCAGCGACCACCAUCUGAGCUGCCAGCUCUCCAGCCUGUGCGCUCUGAUAGCCGCCUGAGCAAUGCAACGCCUGGAUUUUGUCGCUGUGCGAAACGUCAAGAUCUUCAGCGCAAGGCUGGCCGAUGGGGUUUGGUAUUUCUCGAAACGGAACUCAAAAGGACAACAUACCACGCGCCCGAAUGCCCCUUGUCACAGGUAAUGACCUCCAAGCAACAAAAGACAAGGGUCCUCGGAGUCUCCAUUCCCAACAUCCUGGGUAUCUUGACAGCCGCUGUCGGUGUUUCAGUCUCUCUCACGACUGGUGCUGGCGGAUUUAGCAUGGGCCAGAACAUCACGUGGGCUGCAACGGUGGAUGACAAUUCCUCCCCUUCUUUCAAGAUUGUCAGGACUCUCUGUGCCCUAAAGACAUGGAGAGAGCCAAGCUUGGGUAGCAAGGAAUGCGAGAUGAUCGCCAGGUCAUGUGUGCGGCGACUUCAUUUAUGUUAUGCCAACCGCCAAGCGUCUCCGCUGGACAUAAACAGUAACGGCGACUCAGUGCUUGACAUCCUGGCAUCAGGACUGAAAAGCAACCUAAGCCUGGGGAACAAACCUGGAGACGAUGUAGCAUUCGUUUUUCGGUCCCUCGCUGCCAUUGAGGUGCCAAUUACCUACGACCGAGACGGAAAUGAAUGGUUACUUAACACCAACACACUCCCUGAAACUAUGUCAGCACUCUUGUCUCGGUGUGGCGAGUCUACAAGACAUGACUAUAUGAGCGUCAGGGGUUUUGACAACUACCCAAAAAGACGAAGCAUCUUCAAACAGUUUCCCCAGAUUGCCGAAAGUCUCGGGUUCAACCCACUGAGCAUCGCAGUUCUAAGAGAGGACGAAGAAGACGUUCGGUUCCUAAUCAAAAGAUAUCCAUCGCUCAGAAUGGAAGUCAACUACUGUGGACAGUCACCCGUUCAUAUAGCUGUCCUAGUCGGAAAUCUAGACAUACUGUCGCUCGUCAUCGAAGAUAUCAACCCCGAAGCCUUCAACAUCAUGGACAGUAAGCAAAGAUACCCGAUCGAUUAUGCAGUUUCCCACCUUCUUAGGGAACUUUCCUACCUUCUUGGGAGACCAAAGGCAGAUGACCAGCAGUCCUGUGUUAGUUGUAAGAUGGUAGAGCUACUGCUUGAUUCAAAGGCAGUUCUCUAUGAGCGAUCCCUGGAAAAGGGCCUACGAGAACCAUGCAAACGUACCAAAACAGCCAUGAUCCAGCAUCUGGCACAGAGAAGGAAGGAAUUGGAACAACUAGCAGUUUCAAAUCUUCCUGCUGCUCAGAUACAAGACCUUGGUCUAUGUAGAGGUUGGAUCUUGGACCGAAAUGCGUUCAAGGUGCAAUGUUGUCUUACAGCUCAGUCCUGCAAUGUACCAAGUUACCUCAAGGUACACUGUGACAAACAACCGGCAGUAUCGCAGGAGACGCCAAAGUCUGUGUAUACUUAUAUACUUGACAGAGAGACUGCUGAGUAUGCUUUUUCAUUGGGCUUUGACCGAGAGACUGCUUUUAUCGACGCUUUCCGCCGCGUAACGGGUGAUGUUAUUCAAAGAGGUUCAUAUGGUUACCCCUCUCCCUGGUACGUCGACUGGAUGCUCGAAUAUGGCGGUGACCUUAAAUCAACUGUACCAGUGGAUUUCCUGCCUGGGGUCGUUGAUGGAGCCACAUGGGCUCAUUAUCUCAUGUCAAUUCUAGGCUACAAGGCAAGAUAUUACCUUCACAGGCGUUACGACAAUGUUCUGCCGCCGUCAGUUGCAGAUGCCGCCUUUUCCGAGGUCCUAGGCGAUGAUUGUCGAUGCCACUGCUCGUCACAGGGCUGCACACCUCUUAUCAAGUUUUUGGAAGGCCUUGGGUGUCGCCGUCGCUUCCCUCGAACAUCGUUUACUUUAACAGAGGGUAUCAGGUCCUUCGUGGCUAGCAUCCAAGCUCUAGUUGCCGGAGAACACACUGCACAGAGCUGGAUGCCUCGCGCCGUCCUACGCUACGCGACAUUCUGUGCAUUAGGACUCCGUCACACCUGUUGUAAACAUGCGCAUGGCGGGUUAUGCUCUAUUAUGGAUUCAGAUGAGAUCGACGAGAUACACGAGGAGGACUCUGCCACGCUGCAACAGUUGGAAGAGCUCGUUACGUAUUUCGGGGAUGGAUAUGGAAGCAUAACCACCUUAGAUACAUUCUUACGGGACGUUUGGCUUCCAAAGAUGCAACAGGUGUAUCGAGAGAUAAUAUCCUAUCGUAUCACAGAUGAGGAGCUCAAGAAGGCAGAAGAGUGUGGCGUGAAGCUGGUCAUUGCCGAUAGCAAACCUAUUCUCGGGUGUGAACCACCUGAACCUCCCAAAGGUUCAGAUUGUGACACAACAGUGAAUGUUGACGAGCCGGAACGUAUGAGUGAUUUUACUCCAAUUGGUUUGGAUGGGUGGAUGAAACGACUAGACGAAAUCGUGAUAGAUCCAGACCGGCCUGUGUUGGUCACUCCUGCGUCCUCGAGCACUAUUAAUGUGGCCCAGACCGGUGUCUCGAACGUCACAUAG